AAGCCAAUAAUGACUUUCAGAAAUCCCCCAAGAAACUUGUAUCGUGUCAUUACAGCUUGCUGCUGGGGUCUGGGUGCUGGUAUGACUGAUGGUGUUGUCGGGUCAUUACUACCAUUCAUUGAAGCUUAUUAUGGAAUAAAUUAUGCAAUAGUGUCUUUGCUAUGGCUAGGUAAUGCGUUGGGAUAUAUACUUAUUGGAUUAGUUGGUCAUCACAUAGACGUUAAGAUUGGAAAAUGGAAAAGUUUGAUUUUUGGUGCAAUUUGUCACAUUGCAAUGAGUGCUAUCUUGGUUAGUGGAACCAAAUAUCCUGUGAUGGUCGCGGCAAUGUUCUUUGGUGGAGUUGGAUGUGCCCUCAAUUUGGGUAAUUUUAACACAUUUCUACCAAGUUUAGGUGCAAAGUAUUCUGGUACAUAUCAUGGAUGCUAUGGUGUUGGUGCUUGUGCUGGUCCUUUAAUCGCAACUUUGAUGACAGAUAAUGGAAUUCAAUGGAAUUACUUUUACUAUGUCCUUUUAGGGUUAACGCUGUUCAAUUUAGUGUUUUUGACUAUUGCAUUCAAAGGUAUAGAUGAAGACUUGAAAACUUAUACCUUUGAGAAUGAUAAAGAUGAUGAAAGCACAAUUAGCUCCGAUCAAAAACAACAUGACUUCAAAGCAGCGUUCAAAGAUUUCAGAACUUGGCUUGGUUGCGUGUUUAUCUUCUUCUACCAAGGUUCAGAGGUUUCAAUGGGUGGUUGGGUGGUUACAUUCAUUUUGACUUACAGAAAAGGAAACCCAACUUCAGUCGGCUAUGUAUCAUCUGGAUUUUGGGCAGGAGUUACAAUUGGUCGUUUCCUAUUGACUAGUCCUUUGAUCAAGUAUUGUGGUAAUAGAAGAUCUGUAAUUGUUCUAAUUGGGCUCAUCAUAGGAUUUGAUAUUUUGACAUGGUUGGUUCCUGAAAAGAUUGCAGCGGGUCUAUUUGCUUCCUUAGCAGGAUUGUUUAUUGGUCCUAUUUACCCAAUGAUGAUUGUUUUCUUAACCAAUAUACUACCAAGAAAGAUUAGAUUUUGCUCAUUAGUCCUUGCAAGUGCAUUUGGAAGCUCAGGAGGUAGUGCUGUCCCAUUUAUGGUUGGUAUGUUGAGUCAAGUCUCUGGAACCUAUGUCCUACAUCCUAUAUUCUUGGGAUGCUAUGCUGCAAUGUUCUUUGCAUGGGUGUUGAUGCCUAAUAUUGAAAGAAAGGGUGCUAUAAGAACCUUUUGGCAAAGAUUUUGGUAA